GCCCCAGUGAGUUUGCACUUUACAUCGUUCAUGAGUCUGGAGAGCGGACAAAAUUAAAAGACUGUGAAUACCCACUGAUUUCCAGAAUCCUGCACGGGCCAUGUGAGAAGAUUGCCAAAAUAUUCCUGAUGGAAGCUGACUUGGGUGUGGAAGUUCCCCAUGACGUCGCUCAGUACAUUAAGUUUGAAAUGCCAGUGCUGGACGGUUUUGUUGAAAAAUUAAAAGAAGAGGAGGAAAGAGAAAUAAUCAAACUGACCAUGAAAAAAUUCUGAGCUGUGUACCUCUAGGAAAUGAAACAUUAGUUCAGAAGAAGACAGUAGACUCUUAUACAUUUGGCUGUUCACCAUGAGGUUGUCAAAACCUAAAGGGGGUAUUUCUCGGAGCUCAAGCCAGGGAAGAGCCUCUGAAAACAAGCGCAAAACAAACCGGCAGCGGCAGAGAUGGGGAAUGACUGUUCGAUUUGAUUCAAGCUUGAGUAGACUGAGAAGAAGCUUGGAUGACAAACCCUAUAAGUGUACUGAAUGUGAAAAGAGUUUCAGUCAGAGUUCAACUCUUUUUCAACACCAGAAGAUCCAUACUGGAAAGAAAUCCCAUAAAUGUGCUGAUUGUGGAAAAAGUUUCUUUCAGAGUUCUAAUCUCAUUCAGCAUCGACGAAUCCAUACUGGGGAAAAGCCCUACAAAUGUGAUGAAUGUGGAGAAAGAUUUAAACAGAGCUCCAAUCUCAUUCAGCACCAGAGAAUUCAUACGGGAGAAAAGCCCUACCAGUGUGAUGAAUGUGGCCGAUGUUUCAGCCAGAGUUCCCACCUUAUUCAACAUCAGAGAACCCACACAGGUGAGAAGCCCUACCAGUGCAGUGAAUGUGGCAAAUGCUUCAGCCAGAGCUCUCAUCUGAGGCAGCACAUGAAGGUGCACAAGGAAGAGAAGCCACGUAAAACCCGGGGCAAAAAUAACAGGGCAAAAACUCACUUGCCUUCUUGGAAAGCUGGUACAGGAAGGAAGUCAGUGGCUGGUCUUCGCUAAGUAAAGGACAGUGCUUUGACCAUCUUUUGGGGGGAAAAAGUCAAUGUCUUUUAGAAAUGGAGGUGAUUUACAGUAGAUACUUAAAUACUGAAUCAGUCAGCAUGGAGACAUUGAGAAUUUAAUGACAUUAUUGGACUGAAAAGAAAUUACAUAAGUCCAGUUGCCCUCAUUUCUUUCUUAUGCGACAUGGAGCACAAAGAGCUGAGAAUAUAUUUUGAGAGACUAUAACAUCCAUGCCCUCAUUUGAAAUUGCUUCUUGCAUCAUUCUGACAAAAACCGUCAUGUUUUAUGACACAUGUGAAAGUUCAGGCAUGCCAAUAAUUAACUCAAUCUUAGGACUUUCUAUGGAAAAAAUAAUUAAAUAAAUGAGAGAAGAAAUUAAUUCCAUUAGUUUUGAAGCACUGCAGCAGAUGAGAUUUUACUUUUUGUAAAGUUUUGUAGUGUGUUAACUAUUGGUUUAUAAAUAUGACUCAGCUCAACAUAUUAAAAUGUAUCCAAGUUCACAGAUUUUUAGUCAACAAGGCCCAUUGCUCUAUAUUAGUUUUCUUUUGUUUCUUCCCUUCUGUGUAUGGACAGUUGUUAACUAAAGAAGUAGGAAUUUCCCUGGAGGUUUUUUUGUUUUGUUUUGUUUACCAAAUUCUUAGUAAGAGGUACUACAAAACCCAAAGUGAGAACUGAAUUAGACCUCAAGUCUUCUAUUUUUACUAAUACUUUUCUCUGAGAUGGUGUAGAUACUGUGUUUUUUGUUUUCUAGAAGUUGGGAUAGAUUUGUUGAUCCAUUCCCAUGCCCUUGACCUCUGUUGGCAUUCUCUUGUGUUCUGACAAACAGCCAGCUUUUUAGAGCUACAUGAAAAAAUAAACCAUAUAUAACCAACAAAAAUCAGCUUGCUUCUUGCUCAUUAAAAAUCUAUAAUUUACAUGCCUCCCUGCCUUCAAGUCUGUGAGCUUUAGAUAACCCUGCUUAUCUUACAUGUUAAUUAAUAACAAAAGUCAUUUAAUGUACAUGUCAGUGCAUUGUAGCUCCUUUGAAAUUUAACUUUUUUUGUAUUACGUGAAUUUAAGAAAUCUAGCAAAUAUGUUUUUUAACUUUCAUCAUAAUGGUGCCAAGUGUCAGACUCUGAUCAGCCUUCAACUCAGGUUUUAAUUUCUAUUGAAUGCUAACAUUCUUCUGAUUUUUUGGUAUCUUUUAUAAUCAUAUCGGUUCCUGCUGUAUUAAUGACAAUUCAUAAAAAUAAAAAUGAGAUAUUUUGCAUACU